UGCAGGGAAACACAGGGCUGGGGACGGGAGAGUGCCCUCCAGGGCAGGGAAGGCGAUGCCGUGUCCCCAUCUUCUGCUUAAUGACGUGCUGCACAGCCCUGCUCCUUCUCCAGCUCUGGGCUCUCAGCGGGCACUGAACAAUCUGGUGAUUCCCAGAGGCUCUAAGGAGUGCCGGUAUAAUUCCCUAUAAAGGUCUGCUCGGUAGCGAGAGUGGAGACGGUGAACUUCAGAGAGCUACGUGUUACUCUCGAGUUGAUACUGAACCGAGCUGCUCGCUAGACCUCCGAAAUCCCACAUUGUUUCCUUUUUCUUUCAUUUAUUUUCUUUUUUUUUCCGUACAUAUGGGAACGCUCUUUAACAAGAUGGAUUUAGGCAAACUUUACAGAGGAAAGUUACACUCUGGAAAUUAACCAAGAGACUGACAUUUGGUAGACCCAGCAAUCUGAGAACAGGCCUGGCCAUUUAUGGAAUGAGAUGGUACAGAGGGAAAACAAAAAAAAAAGAGAGCAAAAGACAAACAAUCCCAAAACAGCAGUAGCUUGAAUGUUUUCAUUUGUCGGGAAAACGAGGAAGAACCUUACCCUUGUUAACAUUUAGAGAAUCUCCAAAGAAAGAUUGAGACACAUAUAUGUGUGUGGAAGUUCUUGUGUGUAAGAAACACAUUGAUUCCCAUAUUGAUUCAGUUAAUAAAAUGAAAGAAAUAUUCUUCAAACAUUGUCUAUGUGGGUUCUUCAACACAAUUUCCUAGGCACAGGUAUCACUGGUGGGGAUCUAUUACGACUGCCACGCACUUUGAGAACAAGAGGGGAAGCCAGCCAGAAGUCCCUUUUCUCCCACUAGACUGGAGAGGGGAAAGUACCUUUUGGGAAUUUUUCAUCACCUUUGAUGCUUCCUUUGCUAUCAUUUUGACCAUGUUUGAAAUCCAUUUCUGUUUUGACAGUAAUAUAUUUCUAAUUGCUCUUUUAGGAAAUGAAUUUUCACCUGACCUUCAUCUGACCCAGCUUAUGGUAUUAGGUAGGGUAUUAGAUACAUUCCUAUCCAGCAACAGCAUCAAAAGUCUUAUUAAAGCCACCAUAUCUACUGCUUCUUUAUCCACCUUAAGCCUGUUAUCCUGUGUAUGAUUAGACAGUGGAAUUCAGCCACUGCAGUGAUUUAGAAAGGAGUUCAAGGGAAAAUCUACAAACUAGCUGGCUUACAAACGAUCCAUAUCCGCUAGUUAUUGCUAAUAAAGGUUACAAGGAAUGUGAGACACCUUGUUGAAGAACCCUUACACUGUUAUCAGUGGGGGUAGAUUCAUCCUCCAGCACGUCUUUGUGGUUUUGUUUGUUUUGGGGCUUGUUUUUACCUUCUGAAGCUUAUGUGCUUAUGUCAUCUGGGACAGAUACAAAACUGGGCCACAGAUCAAGUCUGGGGUAAUUCCUUUGUCUCCUGUUUCUCAUCAUGUGGAUUCUUUCAUUUCUGACGGGGUUCUUGGAGCAUUUCUUGUCCUAUCCUGCAUUCCAGUGCUGUCAGAAUGCAUCUCUCUUCCUAUGUAAUUGAAUCAACAUAACUAAUUAAAUGUAAUUAUCCCCAGUUAAAAUGAAUGAAUUACUAUUGCUCUAAUUUCACUGUCUUAAAUGGAAUUGAAUGAGACUGUGCUGUAAAGGCAAUUUUCUUUUAAUGUGUCUCUGUUCUUCAAAAGAGUUGUCAGUUUUUAUCUGGCACAACUAGUGUUUGGUGUGUUUCUUACACAUUCCUCAGGGCUGGUGUCAUAGCAGGGGGAUAGUUAUGAGGACAGUGAAUAGCUUGGCUCCAUGGAAUACAUGGAAAUUUCUGCUGGCAUGAGUAAAGAAGAAACACAGGGUGGGAACUUACUCAGUGACUUCAAGAAAGUCAAAUAGCUGUGAGAAUAGCUAAGGAAAUAUUAAUAUCUGUUUUCUCUCAGGAUUUUGGCUGAUAGAAGGAAAAUGGAGUUGUUUCCAUUCGUCUACCCCUCACUCAUGGGAUUUAAGGUGUGGUAAUGGCCCUUAUGAGGCCAUGCCAUAUAGAUCUGCUCAUCGGUGGAAAGAAGCUCUGUGUGCCUCUGCAGGGAAAGCAGGAAAAGAGUUUUUAACCCUAUAAUGAUAAUAGUGAUACACAAUGCCUGAUCAGGAUAAAAAGUUGAAGAGCACAGAAAAAGCAAUAAAAAAAAAGCCUCCUGGGAUCUCUAUGAGGGAUAAUUCUGAUCUAAAAAGGCUUCAGUCUCUCUUCAGUGUUCAGUCAAGGAACCAACAGCUUCCAGCUAUUUAUAUUGAAAGUGGUCAAACCAGUGUGACAAGAACUUGGCAAAAUGUCAAAAGCAAUGGACAGAAGUCCAGUGGUCAAUGGCAAGAAUCAACAGAAGCUGUUGAACUUGAAAAAUUUAGUGUGACCUACAAGAAUGAGAGAAAUUUUAGCAAGCAUCCCAAGCGUUAGCUGUUUCAAGAUAUCUUUACAACUUUAGUUAAGGACAGAUUUACCUGCAGGCAAUGGGUUAUGCAAGCUCCGUGCAUCCAUUUUCUUAGAUUAUUAAUCUGCCUGAGAUUAUUAAUAAGAGAUCCAUGCCACCAGGAAAUGCUCGACAGUCUGGGUGAAAUUGAAAAUCUAACUCAAUAUAUGGAAACAGUAGCAAAUUGUUACCUUAAUUACAGAGCAGAGCAGCAUAAUGUAGACAAGUUGGUCAACAUGUGGUCAUUAAAUAUUUUCCAAAAGCUUGCUGCUGUUAGAAAUCAAAGAGAAUGAGUUAUAGCAAAUGGAGCACAUAAAACCUUAGUAAAUUUAUUAUCUGCCAGAGACACUCAUGUGUUUCUUGGUGCCCUCCUUGCUUUGACUAGCUUAAUAGAAUGUCCAGAAUGUAGGGAGGAGAUAAGUGAGAUUGUUGAGAACUUGCUGGUGAUAUUACAUGAAUAUGAUUUUCUCUGUAACAGAUUUACAGCAGAGUUGCUCUGACUCCUUUGUGCAGAGUCACAAGUCAAAGAGCAAAUAAAAAUGUAUAAAGGAGUUCCAGUCUUGCUCAGUUUGCUCCAUUCCAAUCACAUCAAACUUCUGUGGAGUAUAGUUUGGAUUCUGGUACAGGUUUGUGAAAACCCGUAGACUAUUGUGGAAAUUGGGAUCUGGGGUAGAAUCAAGCAGCUCCUUCAUAUGUUACAGGAGGAAAGAAGUCUUGUAGCCAACCCUUGUAUCAACUCUUCAGUUGGAAGUUUAUCUAGUGCAAAUGCAGCAGGAAGAAUCCAGUAUCUUCAUUUGUCACUUGAGCCGAGUCCUUAUGACAUACAAGAAAAUAUUUUCUCACUUCAAGCAAGUAGCUUGUGCUUCAAUUACGGACUGGUGCUCAAUGAGACUAAUGCUUACCAGGUUGUACAGGCAAAUGCAAUAUAUAAAAUGGCAAAUCUAAUUUUAUAAAACAAAGAAAGUAAUGCUGAAAAAGCCAGUUUAUUACAGUAUUAUGUUUUCAGAGCCCUGAGAUUUCUCUUCAGUAUUGAAAGAAAUUGACAUAUUUUUGAAAGGUGUUAUUUUCUUACUGACUUGUUUGAAAUCCUCAUUGAUAGUGGACAUUAUGUGUGUGAUACCAGAGCUUAUGAAGGAUUGGUAUCAAAGCUAAAUUUGUUAAAGGAGGGUAUAUUGAAGCAAAUCACUGAAAGUAUUGAGAACGUGAAUAAGGCACCCACAAAACAUGUAGGAAAUUAUGGAAUUUUAGAGUACUUUGGCAGUGGAGCUUUUGGAAGUGUAUAUAAGGUUUAACCUUGUUUAUGGGUUAGAAAACAUAAUGGACAACAUCUCCUGGCAACGAAAGAAGUCAAUUUACACAAUCCAGCAUUUGGAAAGGACAAAAAAGACAGAGAUAGCAGUGUAAAAAAUAUUGUCUCUGAAUUAACCAUUAUCAAAGAGCAGCUUUAUCAUCCAAAUGUUGUACAGUAUUACACAACCUUCUUGGAAAAUGACAGAUUGUAUAUAGUGAUGGAGCUCAUGAAGGGUGUGCCAUUGGGAGAAUACUUUCACUCUUUGAAGGAAAAGCAACAACAAAAACAGGGUUCCAGUGGAGUCUCACCAGAGGGAAGCAGAGGGGCAGAAUCCCCUUUUUCACCCUGCUGCUCACACUGCAUUGGAUGCAGCCCAGGACACAUAGUAGGGGCUAUGUAUGAACCUGUGCCAGAAGGACUGUACUCUGAAAAAGUCUCAUUUACCAUUAAGAGCUGCUAGACUCCUGAUGCAGAGGCACAUCCAGACACAGUGGAAGUGAGCUCACUUCUGCCUGAUGUAAUGAUGAAAUAUCUGGAUGUUUUAUCCACCUCUCAUCUCAUGCUGGAGAAGAAACUGGAUUGGGAGAGGAGAUGAACCCAGUAGUACUUCAUGGAGGCUAACUGAAAUGCAGUAACAUAUUGCCAUCAACAUUCCAUUUUAUCACAAAAAAAUGAUGAGAAGUUGAGUCUGAAUUUUAGCAGCAGUGGAGCAGCCAGUUGCAAAAGUGAAUUUUCAGAAAAUACUGACCUUCCAGGGGACAGUUGUCAGUCUGCACAUGGAAAAUAUGAGGAAAGAACAUAUGAAGCAAUCCUGGUAGAGGAUGGAGAAAGGUAGACAUUAGCAAAAGAAGCAUCAGGUGUAUUUUCUCUGAAUGACAAUGAGAUAGACACAGUGGACAAUUCAACCAGCUCCAGUUCAAGUAAUUUGGAAGAGUCAGCUAUUGGUAUAAUUAAACAAAGUUUUAGUGCUUCUGAAAGACAGCCUCAGAUAAGGGAUUAUGUUGAUGGCUCUGGAUCAAGACUGUGAUCAGCGUUGGCAGGAAUUGCUGUAUCACAAAGGAAGGUGCAUCAGAUCAGUGACCCUGUUCAGCAGAUUCUUGUUCAGCUGCACAAAAUUAUCUUCAGCACUCAACUUCGUCCAGUUGUGCAAUGCAACUUGAAAAGCAGAAUCAUUGAGAGAUUCAAGUCCCUUUUCAGCCAGCAGAACAAUCCUUGUAAACUGAAAUCAGAAAUCAAAAAAAUCACCAUUUACUACUUGUGGUCAAAUGCUGCUGAAUUUAUUAUCUUUCCAGCAGAUUGGCAUGGGGUACAUCUUUCUUCAGGUGGACAUGUGUUGCUUCCAGGUGAUAAAAAAGGAAUUCUUGGCACUUCUGGCAUGGCAGAAGGGAUGACAUAUGAGCAUUCUUUUGCAUCAUAGACUCUAAUUGAAGAGGUUCUAGAGGAAAGUGGUUAUUACAGUUUCUCUUCUUACAGGUCAAUCUAG